AUGAAAUUGUCAAUUCAGGGAUCUUUAUAACUCCAAAAACGUGAAUGGCAGGAACAAAGUCACAGCCCUUCUAUUGAUAGUCAUCAAAGUAAAUCAUGACUUAAUUUUUAUGAAGAUGUUCCAUCAGAAAUACUGAAUGAAACAUCCAGUCCUUUCUCACUUCCUAUAUUUCUUAUGCCUUUAAUCUAUGGCACAUUCAUCUUCAUUCUUAUGGUUAAAAUGCAUAAUCAACAGCAACCUCAAAAAGAUCCAGUCAGUGCUUCUGCCACCUUGAAAACUCUCCAAGAAAACUUAGCUUCAUCACCAAUCCUCGAUAUUUAAAACACAAUCGAAAUCAAUCGACUCCAUCGACACUAUUAGAGUUGCCCGUAUGGAUUUGAAAUUACAACUAUAGGUAUUUGGCAAGGAAUCAAUUCAGGUAAGCAAUUAUAAUGACAUAGGUUGUCUUUGCUCAAAUGGAGAACUAAAGGAUAGAUCCUAUUGUUAUACUCAUUUUAAAUCCGAUUGUCAGAGUGUUCUGUAUUAUAAAAGGCAACAAUUCUAAUAUUGGAAGGGAGAAAUGUAUUGUGUUGAAUUUGCGCAAAAAUGGAAAUGGGUUGGGAAUUAAGAUUGUCCACAUGAUUACUAUAAAUGUGCAGAUGGAAUAUGCAUAUCAUCAUCGAAUCCUAAAUGUCCAAUUACAGAUUUAAUUGAAACAGAAUCACAAACUGAAAAGUAAAUAAAAAUUGGGUCAAAAUAUUUCAAUAAGUAUCGUAACGGUUCAACACCAUUGAUAAAUUUUUAAAUUGUUCCAGGUGUUUAUCCUAACUCUAUGUGUUUAAAUUCCCAAGUUUAACCUAAGUUUUAAAGUGGUAAAUAUUAUCCUUUAAACAUUGUUCCUGAGAAAGGAUGUGACAAUUAUGGAAAUGCAUUCAAUUACUCAAAAAUAAUAGAUUCAGAUUAUUAGUUAAAUGUAUAUGAUGAUAAUGAUUUCACUAACUACUAAAACAUACCAUACUUUUUAGAUUAUAUUGAUAGUAUGGAUACUUACUCACUGUAAAUAAUGAGUAGAAUAACCAUUAAUUCAACAAAUCCAGAAUGCACUCUUGUUGAUCCAAAUAGUAUUAAAACAUUGAGAUUAAAAGGAGAGACUAUUAUUGCUUACAGUCAUUAUGUUUGCAAAAUAUCUUUAAUUUUAACAACUGUGUUAUUAAUAACUUCUUCGUUGUUUUAUUUACUCAAAGAUGUGACUUUCAUAAGUGUAGACUUUACUAAAUUCUAGCAUAUAGAAUAUUAAUUGAUGAUUUCUUUUAUUUUGUCUCUGAGUAACAUAGCUUUGGGUAUAAUUUAUUACACAUAAGCGGAUGGUCUAAAAGGAAUUGAUGGUCAGAACAGAAUAUAUCAUGAAUAUCAAAAAUAUAAUUGUUUUAUAGACGAAGCAAUUACAAUUGUAUUUCAAAUAACUUAUGUUAUAGGCUGUUAAAGAAGUAAUAUUAUUUGCAGAGCAUUCAUACUUAAACACAGAACCAUGGGUGAAAGGAUGCUUCUAUGGAAGUAUCUGUUUUAUUCUGAUUAUUGUCAUCUUAUUAUUUCUGCAAUAUUAAAGGGUCUAACAAUUCUUUGUUAAACCUUGGAAAGUGAAAUUAAACUGA